AUGAAUGAGUCUUUUGAUGAUCAGGAUACAGAAUUCACGUAUGAAAUACCGGAUUGUUUAAUGGAUGGAGACUAUAUUGAAAUUCAUGGAGUUUGUCAUGGUAAACGAAUAGUUUUUGAAUUAUUAACAGAAGAAGCAUCUACUCAAAAUAUAUUUGAUAAAUUACCUCUACAAAUCAUUUUAACAACAGAUGGUUUAGUAACUGUAAUUAGUCGUAAUCCAGAAAAGGUAGCAAAACAAGAACGUUCUGUGGAAAAUGGAAUACAAAUUGAUAAAGCUUUCGAAUUAUGCGUACAUGCUUAUAAGAAAUGUUAUGUUGUUAAAUUAAACGGGGAGGACGUUUGUGGUCAAGAUCAUCUUGUACCAUUGAAUGAAGCGUUUGCUUUAUCAAUGCAAGGAAAAGUUGAUAUAUUAUCUCUUGAAUUUAAAGACAUGUAUUAUGAUGAAGAGGAAAUGAAUAAUAAUACAAACAUGUCUUCUGCUAAUAAUAACAGUAAUAGCAUUAGAAUGGAUGAUGCACAAGCAGGCUUUGUACGUGUCAAUGAGUUAAGACAAAGUUCCAUACGCAGAAAUGAUCCGCCAGUGAUGGUACCAACAAGAACAGGUUCCAAAUUGGAGAAACAAUCAAUAAAAAGUAAAGAUAGUAAUCUAGAAGUUACUGCUUGGAAAACGUCAAAUGAUUUAUCUAGAGCAUAUUUAGACGUUGAUUACAAAGUAUCUACAUUAGAUCGAAAUUCUGCAGCCCAUUCAUAUCGUAAUAGUAUUGAUUUUAGUCACAAUUCAGACUCAAGAAUCUCUGGAACAUUACCACCUCUAGGCAAGUCAGCUAAUGACAGAGUAUCAGAUUACGUAAUGGGAAGUCGAGGUAACCUUAAUACAAAUGAUGCGUCACAUAUAAAACCGAAAACAUCUAUUUUUGGUUCUCGAAAGUCUGCUACCUUAAGUAAUAGUAAAAUUGAACAACGUUUUAACGAAGGCAGAAGUCAGACAGAUGCAGGCGAUUUACACCAUGGAAGCUAUUCUGUAUUGGAUGACGAAGAUCAUAUAGGAUCUCAACUUUCUGCUACAACAUCAACACCUAACUUGCAAGACAAACAUAAGAAAAAACGAUUCAGUUUACUUGGAAAGAACAGAAAAUCAACAGGCUCCGAGUCAGAUGUACGUAAUGACUCUAAGAAAUCCAAAGGAUCUACUCCAGACAUAAGGUUGAAAGAUGGAGAAGGCGAGAAAAAGAAGAAGGGUUUACAUUUAAAAAAUCCUUUUAAACGUUCGAAAACUAAAGAUCAAACACCUUCAGUAUCAUCAGAUCUUGCUUUUACUAGGAACAAUAUACAUCCGGCAAUUAAUGUAGCUGUCACUGAACGAUUACCAAAAGAGAUGUCUAAAAAACCAGCACCUGAAAUUGCAGCUUAUCUUCACAAAUCCAAUCCAUCAGCUGAAUUUGAUACACUUAAUUUAACUGGUCGUGAAAUAUUGAGUGAUGAUACUCAUUUUGCACCUUUUGAUAGGAAACAUUAUGAUGGAUAUGAAAAUGUUGGUAGUUCUUAUGAUCCAUUUAAACACAAGACAUUGAGUGACUCAAGAAAAUCCAUCGAGAUUUCAUCUCUAAGUGAUUUGCACUCACAAGGUAAACUUAAAGGACCAGCUCCGGAAUUAGCAGCUUUAAUUCACUCGAAGCAUCCUACUUCAAAUCUAGAAGAUAUAACCAUUGCUCAAGGUUCAGGCUCACAUAUAAGACCAUUCACACCAACAGAUCAUUCACCGAAGCAAUCAAGAUAUCAUAAUGAACCUCCCUCUGAUAUUGCAAAUUUAAAAUUAAAAGGUACAGCUCCUGAAAUAGCGGCGAUAAUAAACUCGAGAACUAAAAGUCCCAACCAUGAAGAUAUAACUCUUACUCAGAGGUGUGAUCCAAACUUCCAUCCGUAUCCUACAGUAGAUACAUCAGGAAACAAACCUUUUAAGCCCAGUGGAAGUGCAUCAGAGAUAGCUGCCGAUAUACACAAAAAUAAUUUAGCAGAUCAUCGACCCUAUGCAGAUUAUACCCUAACUGGUACUAAUACCAAUGAAAUACAAGGAACAAAAUAUGUACUGAAAGAAAAAGUGCAAUCUACACGUAAAGCUCUUUCUUUAAGUGAACAUAUAUCAGAUGGUGAUGAAACAGAGAGUGGAGGCAGUGAAGUGUAUACUGACAAUGAAUGUUACUUAGAAGUAGGUAAAAGUGAAUAUUAUUUUGAUCGUAAACGUUCCCUGAGAAAUUAUCGUUCUAAACGAUCAACGAAAUUGGAACGUGAAGCUAGACGUAAUAUGGGGUUACAUAGAAAUGACAGUCAAGAAUCGGUCAGCAGCAGUAUCUCAUCGCUUAAACCAACUGAUCGAAAAUUGACCCCAAAAUAUAGAAAACGUCCAGGUACUAAAAAGGAAGAAGUCUCAUCUUGGUUGAACAGCUCUAAUUCACCCUAUAAUCCAAUCCGUAUAGAUGGGAAUGUAUAUCCAAAUUAUACAUCAAAUGUUUACGCUUCAGCUCCUAUUGUUCAUAAACAUUUAAUUCAAAACUAUUUAUUAAAAGAUAUUAUUCAGUCAAUAAAAUGUGACAGCAGUAUGGAUUUACCACAUCCUCUAACAACUGGACGAAGUGCAUUAGUUUAUGGUCAUUUCAAGUACAAUUCAGCUGCACGCCAAUCCUGUUUAAUAAAACUUGAGUUUAACACCUUCUGUGAAGAAGCUAAUGAAUGUGAAACACUUUAUCUUCAAUUAUGGUCUGAUGGUGGCCUAGAUAUUUUGAAUAGCCAACCCGUUAAUAGCAAAAUUCUAUACAGUUCUUCAAAUGAUAUUCAAUAUUUAACACUAAAAAAUAAUGAAUUUUGCAAUAAUGAUAAGCAACAAGUAAAUUUCACUCUGAAAUUCAUAUCUCAAAGCUUCUAUACUGCUAUUACUUCAAAUGAUCUAUUUACAUUAAUAUUGAAUAAUCAAUUCUUGAAAUCUACUAAUUAUCACUUGAAAUCAUUUAAACUUGAAGAUUCAACAAAUGCCGAGUUGGAUAAACUUUUUAUGCCAAGGAACUUAUGUUUACCACUUAUUCUUCAUAUGAAAGAUGAAUCCCGUCAAACAAACACAUUAAAUCUUUUAACAAAACUAACUGCUGAUACCAAAAGAGUCAUCAUCGAAUAUGUUUAUAAACCUAUCAGUAGCUCUGAAUUUGUCUCAAUGCAAAUCCUACUGAAUUUUGAGACAAGUAACUUAAUAAUACAAGAGAUCGCAAAAGAAACAAAUAAUAUUCAAUAUGCUGAAAAAGAGAUAACAUAUAUUCCUGAACAGAUAUGUAAAAUGAAAUUCAGUUGGUACAAUAACACACUAAAGGUACUUCUUAAUAGUGACGAAUCAAUGAUGUACAAUUUUGAACAGUAUUAUCCUCUUCAAUUCUUAUCACAUAUUCGAAUCAAUGGAGAUUUCAUGCUUUUAAAUGCAGAACUUCAAUCGGAUGAAUGA